CCUCAUGACAUUGUGGCCAAGCAAAGAUCCGAGUUGACACCUCGCCUCUCACUUUUCAACAAACAAAACAAGCAAGCACCAGCCUUAAGAACUAUUAGUCUAUUAAUAGCUAGUCUAGUAAGGAUGAUGAAACUUGGACUCCUCCUUUUGGCGCUUGUGCCUUCUAUGGUCGAUGGAUCUUCAUAUGCAUGGGGUGUGAAGUCCUUCGCUCACACCGGUAAGAAUACGAAAGCUUCUUUGGCUGUGGCUGUGACCAGCAUUCCUCGUGGUGGCGGCUGCAUUGACAUUGACCUUAUAACUGUUGAACCAGAUUUGGCCGCCAAGAUCUUUAUUGGUGCGUAUGGUGCCAACGCAGCUUUGUGUUUUGUGGCAUCGGAGUUUGCUCUCAAGACUGUGUACGGAGGCAAGGACGCACAACCGGAUUCUCUUUGGGGAGGCACUACAUUGGGCGCUGUGGGAUGUAACACGGCUCUUCUUCUUUACUUGCAACACUUCAAGGGCAUGGGCUUUGAAAAGGCCAUUGGCUGGUCGGUUUUGCCCUACCUGACCAUGGAGUUUUAUCGUAUUUUCAUCAAUCCCGAUUCAGACAAGGUCGUGGGGAUGAAGAAAGAGACGCACUACGCAGCUGCUGUUUUGAAUAUCGCUGUCUUGGUGGCAUCCCUCAUGGAAGCCAGUUGGGCUCCUA